UCUCUCAGUUAACUUCACAUUAGUACUAUGGAGAAUCCUGAAGGAAGGAGAGAUAUAGCCAUAACCGAUGGAGUGAGGCCUACCGGUUCGUCGGUUGUGGAAGCAACGGUAGCAUCACUGGCAGUGGUCGGGCCGCUCUUUGGUCUGAUGAGUUUUAGCCUCGUAGCGACGGUAACUCUGUUUCUGAUCGUUUCUCCACUGAUGCUGAUAUUUGCUCCGGUUUUGGCUGGGACGGUGGCGAUUCUUGUGGCGGCAAUGGUUGGUGUUGGAGUGGCUGCAGCCUUAUGGUUAAUGGGAAUAGCCGCUUUGGUUUGUUGUGCGAAAGAGAUUGGUGUUGGAACCGGAGUUGCUGAGAGGAUGGUUGAGUCGGUGGUGAGAGAGUUAGGUUAUGGUCGAAGUCGUUACUUCCGAGAGAAGUCAGAUUCUUCUUCUUCUCGGGCUUACUCUUCUGACUGAAUAAAGAGUAUGCAAAGAUGAUAUGGCUAUGAUAAGAAAACAAAAUUAAGUAGAAUUUUUCCAGAGAUACAAUUUGAAAAAUCUUCAAAAGAAAAUUUUGUAAUGCUAUAUCAUUUUUUCUUGUUUAA